UUCCUGCAUUUUCUCAACCCGGAAAAAUUGAUAAGAAAAUCCGUCGAGGGAUGAGUGGGCACCCUGUAAGGCUCAAAACAAAAGCUUUUGCCUUCUUGCUAUUUUCCAUACUUGGCGUGAUUGCGCCGGAAAAUCAGGGCGUGGCGGUGCCACGUGUCAAUAUCAGACGGUGGACGUUUCGUCUUACAAAGCGAUCUCCGCUGUGCUUCUGGCCAUGCCUCUUCUUAGUCAACACACUCUCUUUCUUUGUAAGUUGUCUUUCUACUAAUCUUCUAGUCGCAAUCUCCAUUUUUAAUAUUCCUUUCUGCGAAGAACACCGUUACAGAAUCGCGCCAGUACGACUUCAACCCCAUUAAUUAAAUUCUCUUCUUCUUCUUCUUCUUCUUCUUCUUCUCUGCAUUUCUGUUCUUCAUCUCUGUGUUUCUGUGAACUCCAUGAAGCAUGAAGCCGCCGUCUCUGCCGUCGGACAGAGCUCAUUGUUCUAGUAAAGAUAAUCGGUGCUCCAAUUUGCCAGGGCUCACCCCUUUCGUGCUGUGUUCUCUAGUCGUAACCACAGUUUUCAGCUUCUUCAUCCUCCAUUCCUCAACCCCUUUUAGGGAAACCUCCAAACAAAGCCUCAAUCGCAAGAAUUUCACCAUGAAAACCCCCAAAGAUGCUGAUGCAGAUGGCCGCGAGGGCUGUGACAUUUUUAAGGGUCACUGGAUUCCAGACCUGAAAGGGUCUCCGUACACAAAUUCGAGCUGCGCAACAAUUCCCAAUUCCAAGAAUUGUUUCAGGCAUGGGAGGAAGGACAAUGAUUUUCUGUACUGGAGAUGGAAGCCGGAGGGAUGUCAUCUGCCCAGAUUCCAUGCUCAGACAUUUCUGAGAAUGGUUCGAGGAAAGAAGCUUGCAUUUAUUGGGGACUCUGUUGCUCGGAACCAUAUGGAAUCGCUGCUCUGUCUCCUCUCUCAGGAAGAAACUCCCAAAGAUGUUUACAAGGAUUCUGAAGACAGGUUCAGGACAUGGUACUUUCCUCGCCAUGAUUUCACCCUGAUGAUCCUAUGGACCAAAUUCUUGGUGGUGGGCGAGGAACAGGUCGUCAACGGCUCGCUCUCGGGCGUUUACGACUUGCACCUCGACAAGAUCGACGCCAAAUGGCAACAGAAACUCCCAGUCUUGGACUACGCCAUAAUCUCCGAUGCCCACUGGUUCUUCAGAAAAAUGUACCUGCACCAGGGUGGCAGACUCAUAGGCUGCGUCUUUUGCCAGGAACCGAACGUGACCGACCUCGGGCUUGGCUUCGCCAUCAAAAUGGCCUUUCGGAGUGCGCUUGAGCGCAUCAACGGGUGUGGCGAGUGCAAGGGCAUGGUGACCCUGCUGCGGACAUUCUCGCCUGCCCAUUUUGAGAACGGGUCGUGGGACACCGGAGGGGCGUGCGAGCGAACGAGCCCUCUCGGGGAAGGGGAGGUGAACUUGGGGAGCCAGGAGUGGGAGCUGAGGACAAUCCAAGUGAAGGAAGUAGAGAGGGCGAGAAGGAAGGGGAGGAAGAAGGGGAAGAGGUUUGGGGCAGUGGAUGUGACUAGGGCAAUGCUGAUGAGGCCCGAUGGCCAUCCUGGGGCUCACUGGGGGAACAAGUGGAUGAAGGGCUACAAUGACUGCGUACACUGGUGCAUGCCAGGCCCCAUUGAUGCCUGGAAUGAUUUUUUGAUGGCUGUUUUGGGGAAGGAGGCUGGUUGGUUUGGUGACUAGCUAAGAGUAAGAAAUUUUGGUCAGUUUACUUAGAAAUGAUGUUAGUACCAUACAGCUUUACAGCUAAAAAUAUGUCCAUUUUCCCCCCCUUGGGCUUAUAAUUUGUUUAAGAUACAAA